AUGGCAUCCUCCGCAACUCUUCCGACCGACAUUGGGUCCAUCCCCACGCCAGCUCACUGUACCGCAGAUUUUUGCCUGAUCCCGAUUGGCACCGCGUCGCCCUCCGUGUCCGCCCAGAUCGCCGACGUCCAGCGUCUCGUCGAGAAAUCCGGUCUGAAGUAUGUGAUGCACUCGGCCGGAACGACCCUAGAAGGGCCGUGGGACCAAGUCCACCGCGUCAUCGGCCAGGCGCAUACGAUUCUGCAUGCCCAGGGUAUCCUGCGCAUCCAGACAGAUAUCAGGUCUGGCUCAAGGAUCGAUAAGGAGCAGUCCUUUGAAGACAAGGUCGCCAAGGUGCGCCAGAUACUGGCCAAAGAUACAGAGUAA